CUUCUCUCCAUUCUCAACUAACAUUGUUACACUUCAUUUCUUGUCUGUUGAUAGAAAAUUGGUCUAAAGAAUGAUAGCAGCUGUUUCUUGGGUGCCCAAAGGGGUGUCAAAGUCUGUUCCAGCUGUAGCUGAGCCUCCUUCAAAAGAGGAGAUUGAAGAGAUAUUGAAGAGCAGUGAUUUUGAAGAACGUAGAGAUAAUGAAAGUGAGGAUGAUGACGAGUUUAUGAAUGUUGAUGCUGCCAAGCAGGCUGAUGAAGUUGCCCAUGCUUUAGCUGCAGCAGAUGCACUUGGAAAAGCUUCCAAGAAUACAACUUCAGAGACGAACUUCGAGAAUAUAACUGAUGGUUUGAGAGAACUAGACAUGGAACAUUAUGAUGAAGAGGAUGAUGGCAUUGAGCUGUUCAACACGGGGCUUGGGGACAGUUACUACCCAACUAAUGACAUGGACCCAUAUUUGAAGGAUAAGGAUGAUGAUGACUCGGAAGAGCUUGAGGACAUGACCAUAAAAGCUGAAGAUGCUGUCAUAGUUUGUGCCCGGAAUGAGGAUGAUGUCAGUCAUCUCGAGGUUUGGAUUUAUGAGGAUGCUGAUGAUGAUUCAAAUAUGUAUGUUCACCAUGAUAUCAUCAUUCCAGCAUUUCCCCUAUGCACAGCAUGGCUUGAUUGCCCACUUAAAGGUGGAGAAAAAGGGAACUUUAUAGCUGUAGGCUCAAUGGAACCAGGCAUUGAAAUUUGGGACCUUGACAUUAUGGAUGAAGUCCAGCCAUCUGUGGUAUUAGGUGGCGUUGCUGAGAAGAAGAAAAAAGGGAAGAAGAAAUCUAUCAAAUACAAAAAAGAUAGUCAUACUGAUUCAGUGCUCGGUCUUGCUUGGAACAAGGAGUACAGGAACAUACUUGCUAGUGCUAGUGCUGACAGACUAGUCAAGAUUUGGGACGUGUCAACCGGAAUUUGUAAUAUCACCAUGGAGCACCACUCAGACAAGGUUCAAGCAGUUGCGUGGAAUCAUCAUGCGCCACAAGUUCUUCUUAGUGGAUCUUUCGAUCAUUCAGUAGUCAUGAAGGAUGGAAGGAUGCCUUCGCAUGCUGGAUUUAAGUGGUCAGUUGCAGCUGAUGUUGAAUGCUUGGCAUGGGAUCCACACACCGAGUAUUCAUUUGUGGUCAGUCUCGAAAAUGGUACAGUUAGUGGUUUUGAUAUCCGGGCUGCUAAGUCUGAUCCAUUAUCUGAGUUGAAGCCAAGUUUCACUCUGCAUGCACAUGACAAAGCAGUUUGCACGGUCUCUUAUAACACGUUGGCACCAAAUCUUCUUGCAACUGGAUCCUCUGAUAAAACGGUGAAACUCUGGGAUUUGUCCAACAACCAGCCUUCAUGUAUUGCAUCUAGGAAUCCUAAAGUUGGAGCUGUGUUUUCCAUUUCUUUCGCAGAAGAUGGCCCUUUUUUGCUGGCUAUAGGAGGUUCGAAAGGAAAAUUGGAUGUGUGGGAUACAUUAUCAGAUGCUGGGGUUUCCCGAAGAUAUGGGAAGUAUCGCAAUAAGAAGAGAACCUAACCAGAAUCUUAAUGUAAAUUAAAAAAUGACAGAUUUUAUCAGUUUUGGAUUUCGGUUUUGGAUUUCGACAUGGAAAGAGUAGGAAUUUGCGAGAGCAAUUGCGUUUCUUUUACUUGCUUCUGGAGGCUGGAGUAAUAUAGGGUUUUUGUUGCAUACACACUAUUGAGGAAAAUGGAAUAUAUAGAUGGAAAAGGAUUGGUCUCAAAGGACUUGUAUGAGUUCUAAUUUUGUUCAGUGCCCUCAAUUCUGAUUAUAAUGUUACUUAUCUUUUUUUUUAGUUGGUA